CGGGUCACCAGGCAUCAGGUCAUUUGGCUCGACCGCGGGCACCGCGUCAUCUGGCAAGGCAGUGGGCUCCGAGUCAACUGGUAUGACCCGCGGGGCACUGGGUCAGACAUUGGAUCGGUCGUCUGACUGAGACAGCGGGCAUUCGGGUCACCAGGCAUCAAGUCAUUUGGCUCGACAGCGCGAGCACCGCGAGUCAUCUGGCAAGGCAGUGGGCUCCCGAGUCAACUGGCAUGACCGCGGGCACCGGGGCAGACAUUGAAUCGUCUGGCUGGACAGCGGGCAAUUCGGGUCACCAGGCAUCAGGUCAUUUGGCUCGACAGCGGGCACCAGCGUCAUCUGGCAAGGCAGUGGUCUCCGAGUCAACAGGCACGACAGUGGGCACCGGGUCAUCAGGUACCGGAUUGUCUGGCUCGACAGCGGGCAUCGGGUCAUCAGGCAUCAGGUCAUUUGGCUUGCCAGCGGGCACCGCGUCAUCUGGCAAGGCAGUGGGCACCGAGUCACCAGGUACGACAGCGGGCUCUGAGUCAAUUGGCACGACAGCGGGCACCCGGAUCAGGUACCGGUAAUCAUCUGGAUCAACAGCGGGCAUCGAGUCAACUGGC